GAGGAAGGCGCCUUGGACACCCCCGGUGCAGGCAGGCACAGGAAUGUCGAAGGCGGCGCAGACCAAGACAGCCGAGCUGCUGUCGCAGCGGCGGCUGCCUGGCUCCCCUCCGACGAUAUCAUCCAGCGGUCGGGGCCUGAUGGACCUGCUCAGGGGCUGGCACGGCUGGUUCGGGCCAAUCACCAACAACAACGCCCACACGCUCAACUUCUUCUUCGGCCUGGUCCAGGGCACGUUUGCCAACACGUUUGAGCUGCUCGGCGGACUGAGGUACGAGAAGCUGCCGCGGCAGCUGGUCGACUACGUCAUCCGAGGGGGCGUCCUUUGCCGCUCCAUGUGGGUGGUCUUCCCGCCACUCAUCCUCUACAAGUUCAUCAGAGGGGUAAGGAAGGCAUGACAGCACAGCUGGCCAUGCAGACAGACAGACAGACAGACAGACACACCCACACACGCACACGCGACGACGGACACGCAGGAUGGGAUAUAUGCGAUCAACACGGCGUGUGUUGUGUUGUGUUAUGUGUGUGCAGACGGACCGUGCGAUGUGGUCAGUGGAGAGUUUCUACCUGGGGACGAGGGGCGGUGAGGCGCAGGCCUACUGGGACAUGACGCGGCCUGGGUGGGGCGGCCACUGGAAGGCCCAGGCGGACCUCGAGCAAAUCUACCGGACGUCACACGGGGUGACCGAGCCGCUCAAGCAGGAGGCCGCAGAGGAGGAGGACGACGAGUGAUUACUCUCACCGACUCUCUGACUCGCUCACUGACUGGGAUUGGGUGUUGUGGUGUGGGUGCU